CACAAUAGUAAAACUACCCUGACUUGAAGUAAAACUCCUCUGUCCUCCGUAACCUUCCCGGAGCUGUAUCCCAAGGCGCCGUUUGCCUUGACGGCAGCCCGCCGGCUUACGAAUGGGACGCCGGGAAAGGCCGAGCUGGGGCGACGAACUGGGUCGUUUUCCUCCAAGGUGCCGGCUGGUGUGUGAACUCCACCAGGCAUCAAAUUCCCGAUGGUACCGUUCAGAGCUGUGCCAACCGGUCGAAAACCCAUCUCGGUUCUUCACACCACAUGGAGCCCUACAAUUUCUCGCAGCUUCAUGUUCUUUCUCCUGACCCCCAGGAUUCUUAUUUUCACGAUUGGAAUCGUGUGGUGGUGAGGUCCUGUGACGGGGGGUCGUUCUCCGGCAAUGUCGAGAAGCCUGACCCCGCCACGGGCCUGUACUAUCGGGGGGUGAGGAUUUUCCGGGCUGUCGUCGAGGAGCUGAUGACAAAAGGGCUCGGAAGUGCCCGUAACGUCCUCCUCGCCGGGGGUUCGUCCGGCGGUCUCGGCGUCAUGGUGCACUGCGACCGCUUCCGGUGCCUUUUCCCGGAGAGUGUGAGAGUGAAGUGUCUCGCCGACAGCUCGCUCUUCCUCCGUGUCCGAGACCCCCGGCGUGUGGUGUUCCUUGAUGACGUCUUCGGCGAUGUCGUGAGCUUGCACUGUCCGGACAACGCGUUGCCCAGACGGUGCACGGAGAAAAUGGGGGCAGGGGCGUGUUUCUUCCCCCGAAACCUGGUGCGGUACAUCGAAUCGCCGUUUUUCCUUUUGAACUCGGCAUUCGAUUCGUUCCAAGUCACAAACACGUUCUCCCAGCCCUUGCACGACCGCGUCUUGCACCACAGGGUUGGCCGAGGGGACUUGGCUCUCCUCCGAGACUUUCGGGGGCAAACAACCAGAGCCCUGCCCCGACCAAGCCGCACGAAGGGGUAUCUAAUCACAUCCCUCUUCAUGCACAGUCUUGGUACGGUACAGGGCUACAAAGGGCCAAUGUUUCCGGGACGAAAGUCCAAGUCUGUUGAGAGUGCAUUAGUCGAUUGGUUUUUCGAUCGAGCGACUAAUGUUCGCCUCAUAGACCCCUCCAAACAGCCCUUCUAUGAGCCUCCCCGUGUAGUCAAGGACUAAGGAGAAGACAUCAACUUCAAUAAAUAAGUUUAGUUGAUGUAAUUAAUGUAUCAUUAUCUAUAUGUCAUUAACUAUUUAAUGAAUAUUGUUGAACUUC